AGGUUUUACUCCUCAGAGCAGUCAAGUACAAUGUCAUUCCAAGCGGAAAGCUGUGACAGGCAGUAGUUUAAGGACGGACUGUGGGGAACAGAGCUGCGUGUAGUGAUAAAGCCCAGGAGGCCAGAGACCUGACUGACACCUCGGUGCUGCUGUGAGGCAGAAGCACAAAUCUUGACUGCAGACCCUGAGUAAAAUACUGAGGAGAUAAAACAUGGGAGUGUACAAUGAACAAGGGGCAGUCCUGGAGGAACCAGAGUCCCGCCAUAUGCUGAUCAAAGAGAGCAAAGGAGGAUCACACCGCCGUCGCCAACCCAUGCCAACCCCCCUCGCCCUUCGCAGCCAGCUCAGCAAACUUCCCCCCAAAGACGUCUUCAAUGACAUGAUGUUUGUGGUUGGGGGAUGGACCCAGGACGACCCAUCCUGUUUAGUAGAACAGUUCUGUCCUGAGUACAACGAGUGGAGAACAGCAGCACGCAUGGUCAACAGUCGUGGCAAAGUGGCUGUGGGCACACUGGAUGGCAAGAUCUACACAGUAGGUGGGGAAGAUAACAUCCGAUGUUACAGCAGUGUGGAGAGGUACAACCUAGACACAGACAGCUGGAGUACAGAUGUAGCACCCUUGAGCAGCCCCCGCAGCGGAGUGUGUCUGGUGGCGAUGGACGGAUACCUGUUCGCUAUCGGAGGACACGACGGCAUUGCUGCCAUUAAUACUGUGGAGAGGUAUGACCCAAAAAUGAACACAUGGAGCAAGCAGACAGCAAUGCUGACCCGACGUACCAGAGCUGUGGCGGCGGUGCUGGAGGGACACUUGUAUGUGAUGGGAGGGAAUGAUGGUGACAUGGCUCUGAACUCAGUGGAGCGAUACAACCCUGUAGACGGUACCUGGUCGAUAUGCGCCCACAUGCUGAGUCCCAGGGAGAACGCUGGCUGUGUAGUGUACCUGGGACACAUCUAUGUGGCUGGAGGCAAAGAUGAGCUCAGCCUGGAGCUCUGCGGUGCUGAAAGGUUUAACCCGGACACCAUGAGGUGGACUCCUGUCAAACGCAUGAAGAGCAAAAGGGACAACAUGUCCCUUGUAGUUUUCAAUGGCGUCUUGAUGGCUGUGGGAGGCUCUGAUGGUGUCACCAAUCUGAAAACAAUAGAAGCUUACUCUCAUGAAACCAACACAUGGAGACACUUUGGAAGCAUGAAGAGCAAGCAUCCAGGAGGCAGAGUGGCUGUGCUGUGCUGAGACUCAACAUUGCUCGUAUUAUAUGAACAGGACAGAGGUGUUAGAAAGAAAUAGCCUAAUGGAUGUACGCCAGGCUCCAGGACACAUUGUGAUAUGGUUCAACAGUAAAGCAGCAUAAUGACUGAAUAAUUGAAGAGUUCACUUCAAAAUGAGACAUCACUGCAUUAGUCAAACCUAGCAGCCGCUGUUACAAAAAGACUACAAGCAUUACUUUAAAGCACAUUAUAGGCUACCAAGUUACCAUUAAAGUUAUGGGUCUCUUUUAAUGUCUCAAGCUUACAAAACAGACCUCUUUAAUGAUGAGAUGAAUCAGUGGCAAAUAAAUUUCAGGUUGUAUUUUUUUCCCCCAGAACAGAUAUGUCGAAUAUUUGGAUUUACUGAUUGGAUUCGGUACCACCAUAAUUACAGAGCGACCAAUACUGGAUUUUUUAUAUAUCGGCCUGGCCAAUUUAUCGGUCUAGCUCUAACCAUAAUAUUAGACAAAAACACUGCAAUGUUAAAUCACAAAAUAAUCUGGUGUUAACCAACAUAAUACCACUUGUUAAUACUGUAAUUUGUGUACUGAUUAAUUAUUGAUGACAGAGUAAUAGUUAUGAGCCAGAAAGAUGAAGGUAAACAUGGAAAUAAUGCAGGUGUUUGGUUAAAGAAUGUGCAGGAUUUGUAAGUGACAGAAUACUCAAUCUUUUGAGUAUUUUGCGUCAAGUUUAACCUUGAUGUAUUACAAUUACAAUAGUAUUGUACACGGAUGUUUCAAAGGUGAGAAACUCGGGUGGCUGUUGUAAGUGGAGAAAAUGUACUGAAUGUUUUCAAAGUAACGUAAUAUGGCUUGGUAAAAUGGCAACAUGAUGCAUAUAGUGUGUUUUAUGUUAUGAACUUUUCUGAAUUGCUCCAGUCUCCAGUUUUUGUAAAUGUAGAUGGUGAUCAUAUCACUACAUUUUGUAUGUACGUCAGCUUCUGUGAAUUUCUGCGAUGCUAUGAUAGUUUCAUUUACCCCUCAGCAUUGACUGUAAACAAAUUACUCCAUCAUAUUUCAUAAUUUAGCUUGCAUAAACAACCAUAGAAUGGGUUAGCACAAAAGAAAUUACCACAUAAAUUACCAAAAUCAGCUGGAUCCAGUUGUGGAAAAGAAACCUGUGGGAAACAAGAUCCUGAGUGAUAAACAAGUAAGUGAGAUCUGACUGCUGGCAUGGGAAAGCAUAAGUGGCUGUGUGGGCUUUGAAAUGAUGACGCUCAGAGCUCUUUCCCCUGGAGAAUAAUGGACUGAAAUGUGGAGAGGCUGAGCACAAGGAACGCACACAGAGCAACGCGGCUUUUCCCGGAGACACACACAAGCCAGCUGUGUCUCCCAUCAGUCCCUCAGCGCACACAGAAUGAAUAUUUUUUUCAAUAUGAGGGGGACGGUUGUGAGGCAAAUAGCAGAGGACAGAGCUGUUGCAGGUAUGUUUUAACAGAAGAAAAAAAAACAGAUGUAGCCUAGUAAGAGAUUGUGGAUUUCUAGAAGUUGCCAAGACUUUGCAUGCACUGUGUAUACUCCCUCAUUGAUGUUGGAUAUUGUGAAAUUAUGAGAAAAAUUAAUAAAUAAUUGUUGUGGUCUAAUUACAA